AUGGCAAUUUCAUCGACUUUACAGCGAUUGUUACCGCAAAAAUUUUUGGGAUUUAUCCCAUUGUUUAUUGGUGUUGAGGUUAUUCUUGGAAUCACCAUUCUCAACAAAGCAGGUGGGUUGUAUGGCAUUUUGUCAUUAUUUACCGGUCACCCCAUAGACUUUUGGCAGUGGCUUUACAACUCCUUGGCCCUUAUCAUGCUACCAAUAUACGCCACUGCAUUGAUAAACUUGCGAAACAAGUCACGAAAUUUACGAAAAAUGUCCUUGGCCACGGUGGUAUACCUUAUUGAUACCGUUAUAGGAUCACUUUACACCAUCUACUUUGUCUUUUUUUGGUUCAGUUCAGAGGAUGGAAGCGGCGAAGAUGUGGGUGGUGAUGCAUUAUUGAAAAGAAAAGUGGAUUCAAGUGAUGAAGGAAUCGACUUGUCUUCCCAGUCUGCAUCAGCUGGAAGAGAGUUGUUUUUCAUAUUUGCAACGACAAUCGUCAUGAGUGUAAUAAGAAUAUACUUUGCUUUGGUCAUUUUAAGCUUUACAAAAGCGUUGUUGAAAAAGAACUCGAUGGAGCAACGCUAUAGGGAUGGGCCGAAUGACAUUUCAGACGCUAACACCGAAGAGAAUGAGAUUUUGAACUCAACUGGGCUAUACGGUGAAUUCAGAAAAGCUAUUUUUGAUUUGGAAAUUCGUUCGAAAGAGUUUCUUGAGGAUUUGUUGAAUUGA